GAAAGUAACAAGUGCUUGUGGAACACUGACAUCUAGUGGUUGUAGAUGUUAUUACAUCACAGAAUACACUAAAGCUGAAAACGUGCAAAAACAACGCUGAUUAGUAGUUGGUGUUAUCACGCUAUCUUAGAAUUUAGGCUUAACAUGUUUCAUAUUUCCAUGAAAUGCAGCUCUGUGGUGGUCACAUUUCAGCCAUCUUUGUAAGCCUCUAUCAAAUAGUAGACCACUGCAUUUGCAAUUGCUGAAAAUAUCAACAACAAAACAUCCCAAACCAGUUUAAGAUGGUUUGCUGGUCUUAUCCUUGCUAGGCUGGUUUGUUAACUCUUAUAACAGUUUUCCACAGCUCAUUGAAGGCUAUUGGAGAUGGCAUCUGAAAAAAAGGACACCGGUGUAGUUUUGAAGGAUCAGAAUGUAUUUCUUCGAAUCCUCAAUCUUCGAUCUGUCAAUGCUGCUCUUGAAUCCAUUGAGAAGAUGUACAUCAGUACGAAACAGUCUCAUCCCAUCAUAAGGUCUGUGUGUGGGCUAUAUGAGAAGGGUGUGAGUAGGGCUGGUAGCUUGGCUUUAUGGAGUAUGCAACCUGCCCUCCAUGUACUGGAGCCCCAGCUUAUAGCAGCCAAUUCAAUGGCCUGCAGAGGAUUGGACCGCCUGGAGGAGAAGGUACCGGCCUUGCAGUCUCCACCUGCAGAGCUGACAGCAAAUAUCAAGGAGCUGAUGUCUUCAACUUUGGAAACUGCCAAGGAUGGUAUCGCCGGUCCAAUCAAACACACCUCUAACGUUAUGUUGGGCAAGGUGUCUACUGGGUACCAGCAGAGCAAGAAUGCUAUAAGUAACGGCAUACAGUAUGUCUUUAACAGCAAGCUUGUCUACCUGGCCGAGCAGAGAGCCAACAGGGCUCUAAGUGUGACGGAGAACCUGUUUGAAUAUGUCCUUCCUGUAUCUUCAGCUGAAACAGAGGAUGAUGGGAGUAUGGCCGGGCAGGCGCCUGAUGUUGGAGCCUCUGGCCCGAAGCCCAGCUUCAGCAGGCUGAGAGAGCUGGCCGGCACCGUCUGCAGACGUGCCUUUGAGAAGACAGCUGCACAGCUUCAGCGCUCCAAACGUCAAGGUCAGGAACUGGUCACACAGAUCCCUGGCGUGAGUCCCCUGGUUGAAUAUACCAUGAAGACAAUGAAGACUUUAGGAGGUGUAAUACUGGGACUCCCGAGCUCUGUGGCAGCAUUUCUGAAAGAUGGACAACAGCACAGUCCUCAGAAGGAGGUGACCAAUAAUGAGCAUGAGCAGCUCAAGAGUAAUGGGCUGCCAAGUCUAGUCAGUGGAUUAGGGCAGCAGUUACUUAAAGUCUAUGAAUCUGUGGUGGCUAAUGUAGAGAAACCCUCCCAAACCAGUUUCAACCUGGCUAAGGAUGGAGUCAACAUUGUCCUGGGUUCCCUUGGCACAGUCAUGGAGAGAGCACUGCACAACCUUUCUUAUAAUGGGCUGAUUCCGAGGCGAUCUUCCAGGCCAGAAGGAGGUUCCCAACUGGCUGGGAAAGAUGGAGCAGAAGAAUGUGUGAGUGGCUCCCUGGUGCUGGAGUCCAGUGUAGGAGACCACAUGCACAGUCCCAAUGACAACUUUGAAAAGCAGCCUCUUGAGACAACAGAGCCCAAGGAGAUAUCAGAGGAGACCCGUCAGCUGAAGAAGAAGGUCAUGAAGCAGAUUCCUAUGCAGCAGAAAGUAGUUCUUGGGGGUAGCAACAAGAAAUUAUCCAACCACAUAUCCUCUAGGAAGAGUCUGACAGAUUGCACCCAGAACUCCUCCUCUUCUUCUAACAGGAACGCCGAGUGAGAAUGUAGCAAUGAUUUCUAACGUCUCAAGUCAAUGACCUACAUAUAGUUAUACAUAUGGAGGCUCUGAACUGUUUUGGCAUUUCUUGUCUAUGAUAAAGCAAAGUUAUUUUGUUGUGCAUGUAAAUCAUUCUGGAGAACUGAUAUACACUAUUUUAAAAAAGUCUGGGGUUGGUAAGAUUAUGUUUUUGAAAGAAGAAUGUAAAAUAAUUUAUUCCUCUCAUUGCAAAGCUGAAUUUUCAGCAGUCCAGUCUUCAGUGUCACAUGAUCCUUCAGAAAUCAUUAUAAUAUGCUGAUUUGGUGCUCAAGAAACUUUUUUUAUUAUCAAUGUUGAAAACAGUUGUGCUGGUUAAUGUUUUGUGGAAACCUUAUGUUUUUUUGUUCAGGAGUCUUUAAAUGACCUUCAAAAGAACAUUUAUUUAAAAUAGAAAUAUUUUAAAACAUUAUAAAUAAACCUUUACUUGAACUUUUAUCAGUUUAAUGCAUCAUUACUACAUAAAAAUAUUUCUUUCAACAACAAAAAAAUCUUCCUGACCCCAAACUUUUUUUUUUUUUUUUAGCUACGUUGUGUAGCUAAGAAAGAAAAAAAAACAGAUAUAAAAAUUGCGGUGUUACUUGAAUAUCUUUAUUAGUAAUAAUGAAUGAAAUGAAAUGUGAAUUCAAGGCAUAGUAUAACAAUUAUACAAAUGUCUGCAUUAU